AUGCUGUCUCCCAGGUUAUCUGACAGAUGUCGUGGUGGAGAAUUCAGAGGGAGAGUGAAGAGAGAGAAGGCUCUGGAACCUCCGGAGCUGAAAGACUUCCCAGAACCCCCUCCACCCGUGACCAACGAGGAGAGCCCUGACAUCAGACCCACCGCUGCCCCCUACGACCCCCUCCCGGUAACUUCUGCCCCCUGCCCUGCCUACCACAGACCCACAUCCAUCUCUUACCAGCCCCUAGACACUGACCACCCACCCCCAGAUGAGUCCUACAGUGAUCCUGAACCCCAGCCCCAGACCUCUAUACCCCAGCUUUAUACCCAGCUCCAGUCUGGUACCAGGAGGAAGGGUCCUGUCCCCCCACCCAGACAAGACCCUUCUAGACAUCCUGAGAACACACUCUCCCAGGAGUGUCUGUCUAGCUCUCAGGGCGGAACCUCCACCUCCCAUGCCCCGGUCUCCUCCCACUCUGCCUCUGGUCCCAUCCACUCCCCAAGGAGGGAUUCUGAGCAAAGCAGAGGAUUGGUGGAGAGGGAGCAGGAGGCGGUACACCAGGUAGUGCCAUCCAAUCCUGGUCCAGCCCUUCCUGCCCUGCCCAGUAUGAAGUGCCAGCGGUCUCCCUCUCCCCAGUUUGCUCCUCCUCAGCUGACAGACAAGCCUCCUGUCUUUCUUCAGCAGAACCAUGACAACCCUGUCUCUGUCUCGGUCCGUCUGCACCAUGACCAGAACAACAGGUAAGAUUAGACUUCACUCUCUGAUCUAGUUGGAACUAUGAUAUAUAGACUUGGAGUUAUCUAUUUCUUAUCCUUUGCAUAGCUGUAGUGGUCUGUAGUGGUCUGUAGUGGUCUGUAGUGACUGGUCUGCUCCUCUUCUCCUCAGUCUCUCUGUACAAAGACUCUUAUUGAGUUUCUGUCUCCAUCCAGCAGCAUUACCAUGUGAAUAACUCAACCAACGCAGUAGCAGCAUAGUUUAACAGCUCCGAUGCAUUUCCAGAGCAGACGGACGUGAUCUGUUACAGAGGCCGUUUGUUGCGGCUCUGAAUUGAAACAUAAUUGAUAUCAUCUGUAGAGAAGAGAACAGAGCUCUGUGGCUUACUGGACAUUCCAGCCAUGCUGGGUUAGGGGUGAGGGGAGGAGCCCAGAGUCUCUCAGCAUUGCCAGGAUGUUGGGCACAGAGGGGAAAAAAGCCUGUCAUGUCAUCAUCAUGUCAUGUGACAAUCAGCCCCUGGAUGGUAGAAUAACUGUAGUUCAGCUUUUGGACUUUUUAAGGCGUUUGCCUGGAUUGUCCUGUUCCAUGGUCUGAGUGUUCUCUCUGGGUUCUCUAACUGCUGUCCUGUUCCAUGGUCUGAGUGUUCUCUCUGGGUUCUCUAAACUGCUGUCCUGUUCCAUGGUCUGAGUGUUCUCUCUGGGUUCUCUAACUGCUGUCCUGUUCCAUGGUCUGAGUGUUCUCUCUGGGUUCUCUAACUGCUGUCCUGUUCCAUGGUCUGAGUGUUCUCUCUGGGUUCUCUAACUGCUGUCCUGUUCCAUGGUCUGAGUGUUCUCUCUGGGUUCUCUAACUGCUGUCCUGUUCCAUGGUCUGAGUGUUCUCUCUGGGUUCUCUAACUGCUGUCCUGUUCCAUGGUCUGAGUGUUCCUCUGGGUUCUCUAACUGCUGUCCUGUUCCAUGGUCUGAGUGUUCUCUCUGGGUUCUCUAACUGCUGUCCUGUUCCAUGGUCUGAGUGUUCUCUCUGGGUUCUCUAACUGCUGUCCUGUUCCAUGGUCUGAGUGUUCUCUCUGGGUUCUCUAACUGCUUUCGCUCUCCCUCUCCCCCACUCCCCCCCUCCUUUCUCCAUCCGUGUGUGUCUGUGAUGAUUCUAGGAUGGAGAAUGUGAUGGAGCCAACCAGUAACUCUGUGAGGAAGGUUCCUAUAAAGAUCGUUCACUCAGAGAGUGAGAAGGAGAAGGAGAGCCGACAGUACUUGCUGCGUCACAGUGACUCCACAGGGGAAGAAGCCCAGGGGCCCGGCCUGGUCCCCCUCAGCAGCCUGGGGACCUCAGGGGUCCCAGAACAGUCCUACUCUCUGUUCUGUGCCUACAGCCAGCAGAGGAACCAGGGGCCAGAGAGAGAGAAGGCACCGGCCCCACCCAGCUACCCAGCCCCAGCCCCAGUACUGGCUACACCCCCACCCCCUUACCAAGCUCCAGCCCCAGUACUGGCUAAACCCCCACCCCCUUACCCAGCCCCAGUACUGGCUACACCCCCACCCCCACCCCCUUACCCAGCCCCAGUACUGGCUACACCCCCCACCCCCACCCCCUUACCCAGCCCCAGCCCCAGUACUGGCUACACCCCCCACCCAGCCAGCAGACCCCCUCAGCCCCAGACCCCCCCAGCAGUAACGGCGUGUCCCCACCCAUCCCUCUCCCCCACUCUGAGGAGGAUGUGAAGCGAGAGCAGCUGGCCAGAGACAUCAUGAAUAAGGACCGGUCCCUAGCUGACAUCUUGGACAAGAACCGGAGGAGGACCACCAUGGACCUGAUGGAGGGACUCUUCCCCCAGGGAGCAGUGCUGCUGGAGGGGAAGGAGAGGAGGAAGGUGUCCCCCAAACACUCCUCACCACUGCCUUCAGAGGACAGGUCAGUGACUGCUCUAAACACCUACCCCUUACCUAACGCUAACCCUAACCCUAACCUAACCAUAACCCUUACCUAACCUACCUAUACCCUUACUACCUAACUACCUUAACUAACCUAUAAUGUCUUCCUUCUCAUAGUGGGAGCUGUAUUAUAAUAGUCUUCCUUCUCAUAGUGGACUGUAUUAUAUAGUAUAUUCUUCUUUCUAGUGGGAGCUGUAUUAUAAUAGUCUUCUUUCUCAUAGUGGGAGCUGUAUUAUAAUAGUCUUCCUUCUCAUAGUGGGAGCUGUAUUAUAAUAGUCUUCCUUCUCAUAGUGGGAGCUGUAUUAUAAUAGUCUUCCUUCUCAUAGUGGGAGCUGUAUUAUAAUAGUAUUAUUUCUCAUAGUGGGAGCUGUAUUAUAAUAGUCUUCCUUCUCAUAGUGGGAGCUGUAUUAUAAUAGUCUUCCUUCUCAUAGUGGGAGCUGUAUUAUAUAGUCUUCCUUCUCUAGUGGGAGCUGUAUUAUAUAGUCUCCUUCUCAUAGUGGGACUGUAUUAUAAUAUUCUUGCCUUUCAUAAUGGGUAGCCUGUAUAUGAUGUCUUCUUUCAUAGUGGGAGCUGUAUUAAUAUAAUUCUUCUUCUCAUAGUGGGAGCUGUAUUAUAAUAGUCUUCCUUCUCAUAGUGGGAGCUGUAUUAUAAUAGUCUUCCUUCUCAUAGUGGGAGCUGUAUUAUAAUAGUCUUCUUUCUCAUAGUGGGAGCUGUAUUAUAAUAGUCUUCCUUCUCAUAGUGGGAGCUGUAUUAUAAUAGUCUUCCUUCUCAUAGUGGGAGCUGUAUUAUAAUAGUCUUCCUUCUCAUAGUGGGAGCUGUAUUAUAAUAGUCUUCUUUCUCAUAGUGGGAGCUGUAUUAUAAUAGUCUUCCUUCUCAUAGUGGGAGCUGUAUUAUAAUUCUUCCUUUCUCAUAUAGGUCUGUAUUAUCAUAGUCUUCUUCUAUAAUGGGACUUCUUUAAUAGUCUUCUUCAAAUAGUGCGACUCUGAUGAUGUAUUAUAUACUUCUUUCAUAGUGGGAGCUGUAUUAUAAUAGUCUUCCUUCUCAUAGUGGGAGCUGUAUUAUAAUAGUCUUCUUCUCAUAGUGGGAGCUGUAUUAUAAUGUUCCUUCUCUAUUGGGAGCUUCUUUAUAGUAGUAUUCUCUAGUGGAGCUUAUUAUAUAGUCUUCCUUCUCAUAGUGGGAGCUUAUUAUAAUAGUCUUCCUUCUCAUAGUGGGAGCUGUAUUAUAAUAGUCUUCCUUCUCAUAGUGGGAGCUGUAUUAAUAGUCUUCCUUCUCAUAGUGGGAGCUGUAUUAUAUAUAGUCUUUCUUCUCAUAGUGGGCUUUUAUAAUAGUUAUCCUUCCUUCUGGAAGCUGUUAUAGUCUUUUCUCAUAGUGGGAGCUUCUUUAUUCCUUCUCAUAGUGGGAGCUGUAUUAUAAUAGCUUCUUUCUCAUAGUGGAGCUGUAUUAUAAUAGUCUUCCUUCUCAUAGUGGAGCUGUAUUAUAAUAGUCUUCCUUCUCUUGGCUUAUAUAAUGUCUUCUCAUAGUGGGAGCUGUAUUAUAUAGUCUUCUUUCUCAUAGUGGAGCUGUAUUAUAAUAGUCUUACCUUCAUAUAUGGGACUGUAUUAUAUAGUCUUCCUUAUAGUGAAGCUGUUUAUAUAGUUUCCUCUUAGUGGGAGCUGUAUAUAAGUCUUCUUUCUAUGUGGAGCUGUAUUAUAAUAGUCUUCCUUCUCAUAGUGGGAGCUGUUUAUAUAGUCUUCCUUCUCAUAGUGGGAGUCUGUAUAUAGAGUCUUCCUUUCAUAGUGUGACUGUUUAUAAUAGUCUUCCUUCUAUAGUGGGAGCUUAUAUAAUAGUCUUCUUUCUAUAGUGAGCUGUCUUUAUAGUGCUUAUAUAUUCUCGUGAGGGAGCUGUAUAUAAUAGUCUUCCUUCUCAUAGUGGGGCUGUAUUAUAAUAGUCUCCUUCUCAUAUGGCUGUAUUGUUUAUAAUAGUCUUUCCUAGUGGGGCUGUAUUAUGAUGUCUUCCUUCUCAUAGUGGGGCGUAUUAUAAUAGUUCUUCCUUCUCAUAGUGGGAGCUGUAUUAAUAGUCUUCCUUCUCAUAGUGGGGCUGUAUUAUAAUAGUCUUCCUUCUCAUAGUGGGAGCUGUAUUAUAAUAGUCUUCCUUCUCAUAGUGGGGCUGUAUUAUAAUAGUCUUCCUUCUCAUAGUGGGAGCUGUAUUAUAAUAGUCUUCCUCUUCAUAGUGGAGCUGUAUUUUAUAGCUUUAUGUGGAAGCUGUAUUAUAAUAGUCGUUCUUCUCAUAAUGGGCUGAUUAUAUAGUGCUUUUCUAUAGUGGAGCUGUUCUUCAUAGUGACUUAUUCUCAUAGUGGUAGCUUUAUUAUAUAUUCUUCCUUCUCAUAGUGGAGCUGUAUUUAUAGUCUUCCUUCUCAUAGUGGGCUGUAUUAUAUAGUCUUCCUUCUCAUAGUGGGAGCUGUAUUAUAAUAGUCUUCCUCUCAUAGUGGGGCUGUAUUAUAAAAAGUUCUUCUUCUCUAGUGGGAUGUAUUAUAAUAUCUUCCUUCCUGUUUAGUGAGCUGUAUUAUAAUAGUGACUUCCUUUAGUGGUCUGUAUAUAAUAGGUCUUUUUCUCGUAUGGAGGCUGUAUUAAUAGUCUUCCUUCUCGUAUGGGAUGAUUAUAAUAGUCUUCCUUCUCUGUGGGAGCUGUUUAUAAUAGUCUUCCUUCUCUAGUGGGAGCUGUAUUAUAUAGUCUUCCUUCUCAGUGGGGCUGUAUUAUAUAAUUCUUUCGUUCUCAUAGUGGAGCUGUAUUAUAAUAGUGGCUUUCUCAUAGUGGGCUGUAUUUAAUAGGUCUUCUUCAUAGUGGUGCCUUUCAUAUGGUCUCCUUCUAAAUAGUGGGAGCUUAUAUGAAGUCUUCCUUCAUCAUAGUUACUUUAUUAAGUUUAUAUGUCUUCCUUCUCAUGUGGGCUGUAUUAUAAUAGUCUUCCUUCUCAUAGUGGGAGCUGUAUUAUAAUAGUCUUCCUUCUCAUAGUGGGGCUGUAUUAUAAUAGUCUUCCUUCUCAUAGUGGGAGCUGUAUUAUAAUAGUCUUCCUUCUCAUAGUGGGAGCUGUAUUAUAAUAGUCUUCCUUCUGCAUAAUGGGAUCGUAUUAUAUAGUUUCCUUCUCUAAUAGUGGUCUCUGUAUGAUAAUUAUCUUCCUUCUCAUAGUGGGGGCUGUAUUAUAAUAGUCUUCCUUCUCAUAGUGGGAGCUGUAUUAUAAUAGUCUUCCUUCUCAUAGUGGGAGCUGUAUUAUAAUAGUCUUCCUUCUCAUAGUGGGAGCUGUAUUAUAAUAGUCUUCCUUCUCAUAGUGGGAGCUGUAUUAUAAUAGUCUUCCUUCUCAUAGUGGGGCUGUAUUAUAAUAGUCUUCCUUCUCAUAGUGGGAGCUGUAUUAUAAUAGUCUUCCUUCUCAUAGUGGGAGCUGUAUUAUAAUAGUCUUCCUUCUCAUAGUGGGAGCUGUAUUAUAAUAGUCUUCCUUCUCAUAGUGGGAGCUGUAUUAUAAUUCUAUCUCUUCUUCUCAUAGUGGGAGCUGUAUUAUAUAG